AUGCCGGUGUUCACAGCAACUGCAGUUACAAAACUACCCCAACAACAUUACCGUAAGCCUGCCAUAGCAAACUGUCAACCAGUGCCUUGCCUACGGUUUCUGACCGAAGUAGUGAAACAUGUCUGUGUGUUGCUGUUCGGACUGGCUCUGGCCGAGGAGAAGCAAGUGGAAAAGCGUGGGCUGAUUGGCUCCCUGGGUAGCUAUGGCGGCGGUGGGUACGGAUCGACUAUCGACCACGGCAUCGGCGCCAGCAGCUACAGCAGCGGCGGGAUCAGUGGUGGACACGGAGCUGGCUAUGCUGGUGGUUUUGGAGGCGGCUUUGGAGGCGGCUAUGGUGGUGGCUAUGGAGGCGGCAUCGCCUCUGGUGUUGGAGGCGCUCGAGUCACCAACAUCGCCAUCACCAAGCAGGUCCCCGUCCCGUACCCAGUACCAGUACAGCGUACUGUCCCAGUACCAGUCAGGGUUCCUGUCACGGUGCCAGUCAACAGGCCGGUACCGGUGCCCGUCCCACAGCCGUACCCUGUCCCCGUGCAGAGGCCAGUCCCAGUACCCGUGAGCGUCCCUAGCCCAGUCCCUGUACCUGUACCACAGCCCGUCGUCGUCAACCAGCCGGUACCUGUCGUCGUGGGAGGCGGAGCUGGUGUCGGCGGAGGUCUCGGAGGCGGCUACGGCAGCGGCAUUGGAGGAGGCUACGGUGGAGGCUACGGUGGAGGCUAUGCUAAUGCCAUCGGCGAUUUCAGUAGCGCCCUUUCACUGCUAAUUACAAUUGAUUUUCAGAGUUCAGGAACAUUUGCAAGUUCCCUCCUGUACGCUGUUCUUCUUAUACGUGUCGUGCCUCCAAUGGGCAAGAGUUACCUCUGGUUGGAGAAAUAA